GCUCCAGCCCCGUCCAUCCCGUCCAUCAUGUCCUCCCGCCAGGAAGGCGAUAUCUUGGCCGAAUACGCCAAAUCCAACAGAUCCGGAUGCAAGCAAUGCUUCGCCACAAUUGCAAAGGACGACCUCCGCAUGGGCGUCCUCAAGCAAGCCCAGGGUUGGGAUGGUCUGCAACCGGCUUGGUUCCAUCUCAAAUGUUUCUUCAAGCGCAAGGAGGGCAAGGAGCUCGCUGAGGCGGAAAGCGUCCAUGGUCUCACCAAACUCAAAUGGGACGACCAGGAGCGCAUCCGAGACUCUAUCGGCAGCAAGGCAGCUGUGUCGGCCAGCCAGGACGCCAACGACGCCAACGACACCAAGGACACCAACGACACCAAGGACGAACCCGCCGCGGACGGCACCGCCGAGCCCAAAGAAGGGUUUGUAUCCGAGUACGCAAAGACCGGCCGCAGCAAGUGCCGAGGAUGUGAUGGCAAAAUCGAGGCCAAGGAAAUGCGCCUGGCCCUGCCUGUCGAGACCGACAACGGCAAGUUCAAGCAGACGGUUCCAGGAUGGCACCACCCCAAGUGCUUCUUUGAAAAGAAUCCGGGCACGGUUUCGUCCAUUACCGACUUUAUGGGAUACGCGGCGCUCUCCGAGGCCGACCAAAAACUCCUCAAGUCAAUGAUCGGUGGAGCAGACUCCACACCAAGCACCGAUGCCAAGCCUGAUGACAAGCCUGAUGACAAGUCUGAUGCCGCUGCUGCACCCAGCGCUGCUACUGGUGCAGUAAAGCCCAAGCCUGCAGCCAAGAGGGCGCCCAAGAGAGCAGCCUCUCCAAAGCACCGGUCCGGCUGGUCAAACUCUGACCAAUCCGACGCAAGUGGUGAUGAGUACGGCAAACGCAAGAAAGCGCCCAAGCGAAAGCACAAAGUCACCAAGCGCUCUGACGACGAGGGCGAGGCGGCGCCCACUGCAGCGCCUGUCACGACCAAGUCCGAAAGUGACAACGCUACUAAUGCGACCACCGAGACUCCCAGCCAACCCACCGACCAGAAGGCUCAGCUGCGCGAGCAGAGCAAGGCCAUGUGGGCCAUGCGUGAAAACAUCACCCGAGCGGUGGAUGGGCUGAAGGCUGCCGACCGCAAGAACUUGUAUUAUCGCCUCCUCGUCCACAAUGACAUCAAUGUCGAUGCUGGCGCAAAGGAGGAUGUCAUGCUGGAUUUCUUGAUCGACGCCAUGACAUUUGGUGUGGCUCAAAAGUGCCCUGAGUGCCAGGUCACUCGACUGGUGCCUUCCGAGGAGGUCUACCGAUGUAUCCACCGAACCGAAUGGGGCCGCUGUGCAUACACAACCAAUUCGCCCCAUUUCCUUGCGUUCAAGAGCCCCAAGGGCAUCGAGAUCGACUGGUUCAAAAAGUUUCAGUUCAAAGCCCACCCACGCAUUUUGAUCACGAGGGCGGCCCGUCCUGUGGCGUCUGAAGUGUCUGCAUCUGCUUCUGCCUCUGCGUCUCUGGAGAGCAAGUCGUCCGAGCCGACAGAGCAGGAGAAGCCGUUUGUCGUCGUGGAUUCUGAGACGCCCUUCAAAGGCAAAACCAUCUGCUUUGCUGGAAAGCUCAGUAAAACCCAGGCAGAAUAUCAAAAAUCGAUUACCAUUGCCGGAGGAUCUGCCGCCAAGGCCCUCGACGACACCGUGAACUUGGUGGUCGCCAACAAGGCUGAGGUCUCCAAGGCCUCUGGAAAGGUGGUGGAGGCCCUCCGCCUCAACAUCGACGUUGUGGACGAGUCCUAUGUCACAGACUGCAUCGAGCAGAAGAAGAUCCUUGACUGGCGCGAUUCAAAGUAUCUGCUACAGGACGGCAGACCCAAGAAGAUUGCCAAGCGCGAGCUCGAGGAGAAACCAAGCGAAGAGCGCGAGGUCAAGCGCGCCAAGUUCACGCUCAAGGGUGGCGCUGUGGUCGACCCUGAUUCUGGCCUGGACAAGUCCCACCAUGUGCACCAGCAUGCCGGCACGCUGUGGUCGGUGAUCCUCGCCAAAACCGAUGUCCAGACCAACCAGAACUCGUUUUACAAGCUCCAAAUAUUGGUGUGCGACAAAACUGCCUCGGCGUCGCUGUUCCGCAGCUGGGGUCGAGUCGGAACCAGUAUCGGCGGCAACAAGUGCGAAUCCAUGAGUCUGCAAAGCGCCUGCACCGAGUUCCGACGGCUCUACUUGGACAAAACCGGGAACGAAUUCGGGACCCACAACUUCCAAAAGCUCCCUCGAAUGAUGUAUCCUCUCGAGGUCGACUAUGGAGAGACCGAGAAAGCGGCAGAGUCCAAGAUCUCCGCCGGAAGUAAGACCAAACUUGCACGCCCAGUUGUCGAUCUUAUGAAGAUAUUGUUCGAUAUCAAGCAGAUGCGGCAGACGCUGCUUGAGUUGGAAAUCGAUCUGAACAAGAUGCCUCUCGGCAAAAUGACCAAGAAGCAGAUCAAAGAGGCGUAUUCGGUGCUUUCGGAGGCGCUCGCCCUCUUUAACGAGGAAAAAAGCACAGGUCGUGCUGUAACGCAGACCAAGUGGAUCCAGCUUUCAAACAAGUUUUUCACCCUGAUUCCACACGACUUUGGCACCAAGUCGCCGCCGCUGCUCAACACCGACGAAAUCAUCCAAUCCAAGCUGGAGCUGCUCAACACCCUUCUGGAGAUCGAGAUUGCAACCACGAUCAUUGGCGACCGCCAAGACUCUGAUGAGUUCGAAGAUCCUGUCGACAUCAACUACCGAAAGCUCCACACCGACAUGGAAGUCCUGCCGCACGACUCGGAAGAGUUCAAGCUCAUUGAUGAGUACACUUCCUCAACGCAUGCUGCGACACACUCGUCGUACGGCUUGACCAUCGAGAGCGCCUUCCGCGUCAAGCGCGAAGGAGAACUGGAGCGCUACGAAUCGUUCAAGGAUCUGCACAACAAAAAGCUGUUGUGGCACGGCAGUCGUCUGACCAACUUUGUUGGCAUUCUGAGCCAAGGCCUGCGAAUCGCCCCUCCCGAGGCACCGGCAACGGGCUACAUGUUCGGCAAGGGUGUCUACUUUGCAGAUAUGGUGUCAAAGUCAGCAAACUACUGCUUCACUUCGCCCGGCAACAACACGGGCGUGCUGCUCCUCUGCGAGGUGGCUCUUGGCGAUAUGUACGAGCGAGACUAUGCAACAUAUGUCACGACUCUGCCCAAUGGCCUGCACAGCACCAAGGGCUGUGGCCGCACGAUUCCGUCCAAGGAAGUGCCCCAUCCGGCCGACCCAGACUUGAUGGUUCCGCUGGGCCCAGCCAAGACAACGACAAAGUCCGGCGCGCUGCUCUACAACGAGUACAUCGUCUACGAUGUCAGCCAGAUCAAGAUCAAGUACCUGCUGCGUGUGCGCUUCAACUACAAACGCUGAUCCCGAUGGGUCCUGGUGGCCCUUUGGCUGCGGCGUCACGACCACUGUGCCAACCCGAUCCCGCUGCUGCCUGCUCGCCCACCGCGGCCUCUGCUCUAAAUCCAUCGCGCUGUCUCGCCCCAUAGUCCUGCUCGCUCACUCGCGCAGAUCGCCC